UAUCAUGCAUACUAUGAUCACUAGCCUACGUUUUGAGUUUGAAUGUCAACAAUCUUUCUCCAAAAUAUCUGACACCUUUUGGAGUUAACUUUUGAUUUAGAUCUUCAGUCAUUCAGGGUGUGGAGGGAGAAGUUGGGAAAUAAGGAAAGUGCCAAAGAACAAUCAAAUAAAGAGUGGGUGGAUGCAGAAAACAAUACCAGUAGUAGAUCUACCUGGGGCUUAGGUUUCAAUUCAAGUUGGUUUCAAUUUCCAGGGUUUCCUUUAUACCAUACAGAGACAUCUUCUUAAACUUGCAACCAAAUUACAUGUUAAUUAAAGUUGUGCAGCUUAAUGGAAGUGAAGCAUAGCCAGAUUGCCGAUAAAUCAUUUAAAAUGUUAUCUUGCAUACAUCCAGUGGCGACUGUUUCUUGUGAAGUAAGGAAUGCUGUUGGACAACUUGUUUAGGGUGGGACAGACAGACAGGUUGACCGAGGUUUCUCACUGCAGAGGCAGAUUCACUCCUUGUUACACCAUAUCACAGCAGUUAUGGUUUCAGGUGUGUUGUUCAGUCUUGUGUGUGCUCUCUGUGUGAUCCUGAUCCCGGCUGUAUGGGCGGAUGAUUGUAGCAGCUAUGUGGACUCCGAUGGUAACCAACAUAAUACUCAGCAGUGUGGCAUAUAUUGCUGUGGAAACUGUCAAAAACAAUACUGCUGCAGUGACAAGACAAACCGUUUCAGACGAUCAAAACAAAAACUCUGUGAAGGAAGCCUUGCAAAACUUUCCAACCCUAUUCCAAUUCUUGGAAUCAUCUUAGGGUCUGUUAGUCUUAUCAUCUGCGUGGUUGUCAUCGCCUGCUGUGUGAUUCCUUGCUGCUUCUUCUACAAGAAAUGCCGAAAAGGACGCAACCAAAGGCCCCGAACUGCAAGAAACACCCCCACUGUUGUCAACGUGCCGCAGCAGCCACACCCCCCUCCUGGAUAUCAUCCGUCCUACCCCGGCUACCUUUUUGUACCUGCUCAGCCUGGAUAUGGAGGCGUGCCCCUCCCUUCAGCACCACCUUCAUACUUGGAAGCCGCUGAUCCAGCUUGCUCUCCAUCUGCAUACACUCCCGGGCUGCCGAUGGCUUCCUACCCCGGCCAGCCCUAUGCCCCGCCUCCACAUUCAGAGGAAUUUGCACCGCUGCCCUACAACCCCUCUUAUGGCCCAGACCCAUAAACUGGAGAGAUUAUUAGACCAAACCGCUUCAUGUCGAAGAACAAUGUUUCGCCACUGUUUUCACAGGAAAGAGAAAUGUGUGGAUCAGUGGAAAUCCCCUUUACAGGAUUCCAAAUUGAACUAUUUAUUGGGAAACACACAACUUACAAUAUAAUCUUGUCAAACAUUUGCCAUAUCUUGCUGCUGCUGCUUUCUAUGGGUACGUUUGUUUGAAAUAUAGAUUGUGUAAUGGACAUUUAAAUGUAUGCAUUCAAAAAAAAUAGGGCCACUUUGAGUGUUUAAUAAAACAGCUGUUUGUGCUGUGUACCAAAACACACACAUUUCAAGUUAGGAGACAGAGAAAUAAAGAAAAAACCUACAAAAACCU